CUUAAAUUAGAGGGGCAAAGGUUUAUUUUCAUCAUGUGGUUCUAUCUGCUGCUAGUUGUAUUGGCUCUAAUGCUCCUGUAUAGAUGGCACAGACAAAGCCAAAUAUUGGAUAAUCUCUCUGGAAAAUAUGUCCUGAUUACUGGAUGUGAUUCUGGAUUUGGUAACCUCCUGGCGAAGCAGCUGGAGCGGCGUGGGAUGCUGGUAUUGGCGUCCUGUCUGACAGAGAAAGGGGCUGAGGAUCUGAAGAAGGAGACAUCACAUAGACUGCAGACUGUAAUCCUGGAUGUCACCGAUAGUCAUAGUGUCAGCUCUGCUGCCAAGUGGGUUACAAACAUUGUAGGAGAAGCAGGACUAUGGGGUUUAGUAAAUAAUGCUGGGUUUGCACAUACAAUUUCUCCCAAUGAAUGGCAAACAAAGGAAGACUUUGCUAAAGUGCUAAAUAUAAAUCUGCUGGGUAUGGUUGAUGUGACUCUGAAUUUGCUGCCUCUAAUCAGAAAAGUUCGAGGACGUAUUGUGAAUGUUUCCAGUGCUGCUGGGAGAAUAUCUAUGUUUGGUGGUGGAUACUGCAUCUCAAAAUAUGGCGUGCAAGCAUUCUCCGACAGCCUGCGAAGGGAGAUGAGGGCCUUUGGAGUUAAAGUUUCCAUCAUAGAGCCUGGUUCUUUCAGAACUGCAGUGUGUAUGUUUGAUCCAAUGAUGAAGAGCCUGAAAAGUUAUUGGGAUAAAGUUCCUGCGGAGAUAAAGGAGUUAUAUGGAGAGCAGUAUUUCCAGCAAUAUGCAAAUUAUUGGAAAUAUCUACUAAGCUAUAGCAGUUCCCAGGUAAGCAAAGUCACAGACUGCAUGGAACACGCACUGACUGCUGUCUACCCUUGGACCCGGUACUCUGCUGGUUGGGACUGCAAGUUCUUAUAUCUCCCUGCUUCUUACCUUCCCACAGUCCUAUCUGACUAUUUAUUAUGCCUUUUUCUACCCAAACCAGCUCACUGA